GCGACAGGCUCGCCUGCAAAUUCCAGCGGCUUCUCGCAGGUCUACUUGCUCGAUCGAUCGAUUCCGGAGCCAACGAACACGACGAGCAACGUCGGUUCCCGUGAUCGGAAAAAGGAAAAAGAAAAGCGUCGAGGAAACGUGGUUUCCAUGAACGUCAGUCCCAGCUGGUCCAACCGACGAGCCCCGGCGAAUUAUAAAACCCACCUCCCUUUCAAAUCGUGGAUUCUUCUCCACGGCCACUACCCGCCUGCCCCGCUGUUCUUGGCGAUUAACAAAUCGGAUUGUUAAUCCCGGGCUGGUAUUCUAUUCAUAAUCAGUCGCCCCCUGCCUGCCAUUGUACUUCUUGUUGUGCUUCAAAAAGCUGAUGAAAUCGCCAUGCAUUUAUGGGGUGCCAGGGUAGCGGCUCUCGGUUUUGUAUGGUUGUAAAGCUGCCGAUCUUGUCCGUGGAGUGGGUGGAGGACGGGGAGCUGUGGCCGUGCGGGUGCUUGGGCGGAGAUGAAGCCGGCGGCGAGGAGCAAGAAGGGCAGGGGGGCCUUCUGCAACCUCCCGCUGCUGCUCCUCAUUGGGGCCAUCCAGUUCUUGGUCAUCUACUCCCCCGCCAUUGAUCGGUACAUGGUGAUGAUCACAAAAGGCAAGCCUGGGUUCCCAUCGCUGCUGCUGGAUGGCAGGAGAGGAUUCAAAUUGGUGGUGGAGGAGUUCGUCCCGGAGCCCCGCGUGGCGUGCGACUUCGCGGACCCGAGGUCGGACGUGUGCGAGCUGGAGGGCGCCAUCCGCAUCCGCGGGAGCACGUCGGAGGUGUUCGUGGUGGCCCCGGGCGGUGCCGGCGCGGGCAUGAACGCGACGCAGUGGACGAUCCAGCCGUACACGCGCAAGGGCGAGGCCCGCGUGAUGCGCGGCAUCGCGGAGCUGACGGUGCGCGUGGUGGGCGCCGGCGAGGCCCCGGCGUGCACGGUGCGGCACGACGUGCCGGCGGUGGUGUACUCCAACGGCGGGUACUGCGGCAACUACUACCACGACUUCAACGACAACAUCAUCCCGCUGUUCAUCACGUCGCGGCACCUGGGCGGCGAGGUGCAGCUGCUGGUGGCGCAGAAGCAGCGGUGGUGGUUCGACAAGUACCGGGAGAUCGUGGACGGGCUGACCAACUACGAGGCGGUGGACCUGGGCGGCGACGGCGGCGAGGUGCGGUGCUUCCGGCGCGCCACCCUGGGGCUGCGCAGCCACAAGGAGCUGAGCAUCGACCCGCGCCGCGCGCCGCGCAACCUGUCCAUGGUGGACUUCAAGCGCUUCCUGAUGUGGCGGUACGCGCUGCCGCGGGAGCACGCCAUCCGGACGGAGGAGGACGAGGGGGCGGCGAGGCCGCGGCUGCUGAUCAUCGCCCGGCGGUCGCGGCGGCGGUUUGUGAACCUGCCGGAGAUCGUGGCGCUGGCGGAGGAGGUCGGGUUCGAGGUGACGACGUCGGACGUGAUGUCGCCGCCGAAGCAGAACAAGAAGGGUGCUUUAGCUGCAGCUGGUGACGAGGGGCACGCGCGCAUGGCGGACGCGUCGGCGCUGGUGAACUCGUUCGACGCGAUGGUGGCGGUGCACGGGUCCGGGCUGACGAACCUGGUGUUCCUGCCGAUGAACGCGGUGGUGGUGCAGGUGGUGCCGCUGGGGCGGAUGGAGGGGCUGGCCAUGGACGAGUACGGGGUGCCGCCGCGGGACAUGAACAUGCGGUACCUGCAGUACAACAUCACGGCGGAGGAGAGCACGCUGUCGGAGGCGUUCCCGAGGACGCACCCGGUGCUGCUGGACCCCAUGCCCAUCCACAAGCAGAGCUGGUCGCUCGUCAAGGACAUCUACCUCGGCCAGCAGGACGUCAGGCUCGACCUGCGCCGCUUCAGGCCCGUCCUCGAGAAGGCCAUCCGCCUGCUCCGGUGACCGGCGGAAAAGGCCUCAACUGACACUGAUUGCUUGCUUUGCUUGCCUGCCUGACCCGGCGGCGGCUCCUCCAUGCGAGUUGUGACUACAGGAACAGGAAGAUACAGUGAUCGACAGACAGACACCAUGUUUCUUUUCCUUUCUUUUUUUCUCUCCUCUUGGAAUUUCAUCACACGACAAGGGCAUGUAAAAUUUCAGAUGCUGUACAACCAAUUAGUAGAGAGUCCCCGUUGUUGCUCAAAGCAAAAGCGGCGACGAUUUUGCUGUAUGAUAAUGUGAGUACAUGGAGUUAUGGCAA